AUGCUCUUUGUAGGCCAAGUUUUGAAUGGGAUCCCUUUCGGAACCAUUUCCGUAGUAGGUUUAUCUUAUGCUAGUGAGAUAGCUCCAUUGACUUUAAGACAAUUCUUAACAUCAUAUGUGAUGCUUUGUUGGGCCAUGGGUCAGCUUAUUACUGCUGGGAUCUUGAAAGGUCUCUUGUCUAACACUACGGAAUGGGGUUAUAGAUUACCCUUCGCUAUACAAUGGUGUUGGUUACCUCCUUUAUUCAUUGCCACAUGGUUUGUUCCUGAUUCCCCCUACUGGCUUGUACGGAAAGGCAAAUCUGAACAAGCUCUUGAAACCAUCAAACGGUUAACAUCACCUCGGAUUCAUCAUCAAGCUAGUCAAAAAUUGAAUUUCAUAGUUUAUACCCAUGAACUAGAAGAAACAUCUCAAAAAUGGGGCAAGUAUCUCCAAUGUUUCCGAGGUAGUGAUUUCAGACGGACAGAGAUUGCUGGGAUGGUUAUGGCUGGACAAGUUUUGGGAGGAAACAAUCUUAUGUAUUCAGCAUCAUAUUUCUUCAGUCAGGUGGGGUUAGAUAGUGAAACCACCUAUAACUUGAAUUUAGCUAUCACUGCUCUAGCAUGUUUGGGUACAGUGACACUUUGGUGGAUCUCAUCCAUGGUAGGAAGAAGAAGAAUCUAUUUAGUGGGAAUUAGUGCCAUGACACUCUUCCUUCUUUUGACUGGUAUUCUCCAAACACCGGCUAAAGAUAACCCUGACGUAUCGUGGGGACAAGUUGGAUGUGUUUUUGGUUGGGUAGCAGCAUAUGUACUUUCCGUAUCCCCCAUAGCUUAUACUAUCACAGGUGAGAUUUCCAGUACCAAUUUAAGAUCCCAAACCAUCGCUAUUGGUAGAAUCUGGUAUAACAUAUGUCAACUAGUUUCCCAAAUCAUCAACCCUUAUUUCAUCAAUCCUACCAAAUUGAAUCUUAAAGGUAAAACUGCAUAUAUUUGGUUUGGCACCAGUUUGUUAGUGACGAUUUGGGCUUAUUUCAGAUUACCUGAAACCAAAGGAAGAACAUAUGAAGAGCUUGAUCGAAUGUUUGCCUUGAAAGUUCCAGCAAGACAGUUUAAGAGAUUUCAUAUCAAAAGAGAUGAGAUUUAA